GCGCGCUCUAACAUUUACCGGAGCACCUUGUCAAAGUAUUUAUGUAUCCCUCCGCUUCUAUUUUGUUUCUGUGUUUUUUUAUUUGCUGUGAGUUGUACGGUAGUGACUGUAAAGCGUAUUCAACCGUACAACAGUUGUGUUCGAAAUUUAAAUGAAGUUUUCGAUUUGAUUUAGAGUGAAAAAUUAGUCUGAGCUCUGUUUGUGUCAGCGGAGGAGUAAACCUCCUGUCCACACAACGCCCUGAUGACGUUUAUGGCGCCAGAAAUCAAGGGUUCGUAGAGGAAACAGUGUGCGUCAGCUGGAGAAGACGGCGCGUUAUUUGUAUUAUGUUGGCGAUAUUGUAAACGUAACAAUCGUGGACAGGUUUCUCCACCGUUUGUGGUCGUAAUAAAGUCAAGAUGGUGGUCCUACGCAGCAGCGGUGGUGUCGGCGCUGAACCGGUGGCCGCUAUUCCAAAGAGAAGAACGACGGAGCUGGAAAUGAGCCCCGACUUUCUGUCGCUGAUUCCCGCGUCGCAGAGAAAGUCCGCCCGGGUGACUCGGUCCUCUCGGUCCCUGAAUGACAGCUUCAGCAGCCCCGAAACCAACUUAAUGAACGGUCACAGGAACAUGAAGCAGGACGAUGGGGGUGGUCUCGGUCAUUCCCUGAGGAGUCGAGGACAAAGAGUGAAACUGGAAGUUUCUUUUGCUGACAUGGAGCCCAAGACCAGCUCUCCUGUGGAUGAAGACAAAGCAGACGGCUGCUGCACCAGGAAGUCCUCCAGGCUGCAGAGGGAGGCAAAACUCUCUGAUGUUCCAGAUGAGGCAGAGGGGUCAUCCACUCCCAAGAGGAGUCGUUUUAACCUGCAGAGCCGGGGAGUGGACGAGGAAGAGGAGGAGGAUCACUCGGUUCGAAGAAGCUCCAGAAUCACGAGAUAUAGACUGAACUCCCGCAAACAGUCGGCGCUCUAUGAUCGCCUCAUUACCAACACCGCUGAAGCGGUUCUCCAAAAGAUGGACGACAUGCAGAAAAUGAGACGCCGGCUGAGGAGCAGAGACAGAGAAAAUACAGAAGAGGUUGGAGUCUACGGCUCAGGCAGAAUGAGGCGGUCCCUGAGGACAAAUACCAAGAGUAAUAAAACCGAGGAGAAGAACCAAGAUGAUGAAGAAGAUGAUGACAACAGUGAAGAUGGAGAAGAUGAAGAGGAGGAGGAUGAGGACGGUGAAGAUGACGACGAGGAAGAAGAAGAAGAAAACCACCAACGAUACGACUUCCGGCAGAGGAAGACUGUAGUUCUCUACCAGGCCCCGUUAGAUGAACCGCGGGAGCCCAGGAAACGCAGCAUGUACUUCAAGGAGCACUCGUCUCCUACGAGGCGGAGGUUCAGGUUCAGCUCCACGGCCCCCAGGAGCCCCUAUAACCAAAGGAGAACCAGCAGUUCUGAGAGGAGAAGACACGCCAUCCACAGCAGCGACUCCACAUCGUCUUCCUCGGAUGAUGAGAAAUUCCAGAGACGAAGGAGUAACAACCGGAGCAGGUCGGUCAACAGAUGCCUCCCUAUGAACCUCGUGAAAGAAGACCUGCUGGGGAUCCAGAAAGACAGGAUGAAGAUCGGAGCCAGCCUCGCUGACGUUGACCCCAUGCACAUCGACAAAACGGUUCGCUUUGACAGCAUUGGAGGGCUGAGCAGGCACAUCUCGGCCCUGAAGGAGAUGGUGGUGUUCCCUCUGCUCUACCCAGAGGUGUUUGAGAGGUUCAGAAUACAGCCACCGAGGGGCUGCCUGUUUUACGGCCCUCCAGGCACCGGGAAGACCCUGGUAGCCAGAGCGCUGGCCAACGAGUGCAGCCAGGGGGAAAGAAAGGUGGCCUUCUUCAUGAGGAAAGGAGCGGACUGCCUCAGCAAGUGGGUGGGAGAAUCAGAGAGACAGCUGCGGCUGCUGUUCGAUCAGGCCUAUCAGAUGCGUCCGUCCAUCAUCUUCUUUGAUGAGAUCGAUGGUUUGGCUCCAGUCAGAUCCAGCCGGCAGGACCAGAUCCACAGCUCCAUCGUGUCGACCCUCCUGGCUCUCAUGGACGGGUUGGACAGUAGAGGGGAGGUCGUCGUCAUCGGAGCUACGAACCGCCUGGACUCCAUCGACCCAGCUCUGAGGAGACCCGGACGCUUCGACAGAGAGUUCCUGUUCGGUCUGCCAGACAGAGAGGCAAGGAGGGAGAUUCUGAAGAUCCACACCAGGCAGUGGACCCCUCCACCCUCUGAGGCCUUCCUGGAGGAACUGGCAGAGAAAUGUGUUGGAUACUGUGGAGCAGAUAUCAAGGCGGUUUGCUCCGAGGCAGCAUUGUGCGCUCUGCGGCGCCGCUACCCACAAAUCUACUCUUCGUCCCAGAAGUUGGUUCUGGACGUGAACUCCAUUGUCAUCGCUAGCAAAGACUUUAAGUGCGCCAUGUCCAAGAUGGUACCAGCUGCCCAAAGGGCGAUGGUGUCACCAGCGAAGGCCUUGAUACCUGCCAUCCGGCCUCUGCUGAACGCCACCCUGCAGACGGUUCUGCACACGGUGAGGCGAGUCUUCCCGCAUGCAGAUCAGGGACUGAAGAGGAAGAGAGAACCAGAUGUGGGCUGUGGGACGUCAGAUGAAGAUUUGAUGUUUAGUGAGGAAGAGGAGGGUGACGUCGUCUCCAGUGGGCCAACCUCCCAGUCUCAGUUAAAGCUCCCUGCCACCAGCGGCCUGCUGGACCUCAACGGGAGCGUGCUGAGUCAGCCGACGUCGUACCGUCCCAGGCUGCUGCUGGAGGGCCGGCCGGGCUCGGGUCAGAACUCCCACCUGGGCCCCGCUGUGCUCCACGCUCUGGAGAAAUUCACGGUGUACACCCUGGACAUGGCCGUCCUGUUUGGAGCCAGUGCGACGGCGCCCGAAGAAACAUGCGCAAAGAUUUUUGUUGAGGCCAAGCGAACCUCUCCCAGUAUCCUGUACAUCCCUCACAUCGGCCAGUGGUGGGAGACGGUGGGCUCUGCGUUAAGGGCCACCUUCCUGAGCCUCCUCAGCUCCGUUCCUGCCUUCUCCCCCAUUCUGCUGUUGGCCACCUGCAGCGUCCAUUACGACCAGCUCAGCAUGGAGGUGCAGGAGCUGUUUCGGGUCGAGUACGGGGAAGUUUUCCGUGUCCCAGUCCCCACCAGCCAAGAGAGAAGGGACUUCUUUGAGGAUCUCCUCCUCAACCAGGCUGCAAAAGCUCCAGUCUCUAAAAGAAAAGCUGUGCUUCGUGCAUUGGAGGUGCUGCCGGUGGCCCCCCCGCCUCCGCCUCGACAGCUGACGGAGGAGGAGAGUCGGCGGCUGGACGAGCAGGAAGAGGACACGCUCAGGGAGCUGCGGCUGUUUCUGCGCGACGUCACAAACCGCCUCUCUCAAGACAAGCGCUUCAAGGCUUUCACUAAACCCGUGGAUUUGGACGAGGUUCCGGAUUAUGCCGAAGUAAUCAAGAAGCCCAUGGACCUGUCCACGGUUCUGUCGAGGAUUGACCUCCAUCGAUACGGCACGGUCAGAGAGUUUCUCCAGGAUGUUGACCUCAUCUGGCAGAACGCCCUGGAGUACAACCCAGACAGGGACCCUUCAGAUCGGCAGAUCCGUCACAGAGCAUGUGCGUUGAAGGACACCGUCCACGCCAUCAUCCGAGAAGAACUGGACGAAAACUUUGAGAAGAUUUGUGAGGAGAUUAAAGAGUCUCGUAGGACAAGGGGUUGCUCCACGGCCCGGUUCGCUCCCUCUUUCUACCACGUCCUUCCUAAACAUCCCAGAUCUGCUGCAGGUCCCAAUAAUUUCCCCCCACAAAGUGAGCCGGUUGAACCCACUGUUGCUGCUGCCAGCAAUACAACAGUUUCUGCUGUUACGACACCCAAAAACACAGUGCAUAAGAAGAAGCGUCGGAGAAGCCGCUGGUCUACUGGGUACAUAGCAAAGAAGAAGCCCUCUUCGUCCCCCCACGUAUCCAAGGACGACGCUUCCGAUGAGGACGAAGACGAUGGAGAUGAUGAGGACGAGGCUGGGAAAGAAGGAGCAGCAGAGAAGCCCAACGGAGGAAUUAAAGAGGGUCUGAUGGACGUCGAGCCAGGAAGUGCAGCAGAUCAGGAACGUAGUUCUGAGCCAAACGGUCAGGAGGAAGAGACGGAGAAGGAACCAGGUGCUGAAGAGCAGCAAAUCCGACAUGACGAAGACGGACCGGAGAAAGACGGCGGAGCUGUCCAGCAUCAGUCAGAGCAGUCUGAACCUUUCACGGGAGGAGACGCAGACGAGGGCGUCUCUGUCCGCACGAAAAGGGACGACUGCGUGGAGGGAGAGGGAGACGCUCAGAACGCCAUCACGGCAAACAUGAGUACUAUCGAUCAGUCCGAGACGCAGGUGGAGAGGAGUCACUCCGCUGACCAUCAGAAAAGCAAACGGGUCACAGGAGAUGAAGCAGAGCUGGACAAACCUGCUGAGCCCAUGGUGGUGGAUGCAACAGAAACAUCCACCACCGAUGCAGUGGCCGCUGCCAGGAGUGAGACGGACACAUGCGCAGAGAGAAACGUGAGACGGAUGACCCGUGCCCUGAAAAACACGAUGCUGCAGCAGCACGUGAUCCCAGUGGACAAAGCUCUGCAGAUUCUCAACGAGGAGAAUCCUCCUCUGGUCGUGGACCGAGACAAGUUAAAGGGGCUACUAGAUAAAGUAGUGACAAAGACGGAAGACUAUGAAGUCUACAAGCUGGAGAAACUCUACGCUCUGCUCUGCCAGAGCAUCUACAGACACAGACAAGACUACAACAAAACAGGACUGAUACAGGAGUUGGAGCAAGAGAUUGAAGACUUCUGAUUCUUAAGAAGAAAAAGAAAAAACAAUCUUUUUCAUACAUGUAAAUAUUCAGACAACGGUCCUAUUUUUUUGUAGAAAAUGAUUAUAUCUGUGUUUUAGCUCAAAGUUUGUAUCACUUCUUGUUUAUAUGUAAUUAAAGGGUUUUCCACC